AUGGAAUCAUCCGCGUCCGGUUCAGGAGAAUCGCAAUCUCAAAAAAGAAGUGUUAUUUGGAUGCAUUUCACCAAUAUAUCGGAAGCUAAUGCAAAGUCUAAUCUUUGUAAAAAUAUUUAUUCACAUAAAAAUGGAAACAUUAGCAAUUUAAGGAAGCAUUUGAAAACAAAACAUCCGACUCUUUCAUUGGAAGGAGAAAGGGCAAAACGGCGGGUGGAAGACGAAAAUAUGCCUAGGUGCAAAAGGAACCUAGUUUCAGGUUCUAAACGAAAUGUCCAAAUAGUAACUAAACUAACGAGUCCAAAGUUCGAAAGUAACGAGUCCUUACAAGUCCUAAAAAGUAACGAAACUUUGCAUCACUACCUCAAGCUAUUACGCCAAAAUAUCGUUCAAGACCAGUGGUGGGGGAACGCUUGCGCAGGGACUUACAAUACCUGCAUGCAACGUAGAAUCUCGGGGGCGUCCUGUAGUUCUUUCAGUUUACCGAUGGAUAUGUCCAGUAGUUUGGAGGCAUUAGAAAGCAGCUCUUCCGACUUAUCUAAAUUUAUUCCAGAUUGUUUGACUUGGUUCUCUAUGUUGCUCAACUUUCCUUUCAGGCGGUCUUUUCUGGAAUUAGAGAGAAAAAAGAAAGGGUAG